UGAUUUUCUUGAACUGGACUGUCUUCUAUCUGAAAUUAAAACAAACAAAAGAGUAUCUGCGUAGUAUAAUAGCUGAGGGGAAUGUCAAAUUCUGUCUUGCACAUCUUUUUAUAAUGGCAGCAAACAAGAAGGAAACAUUACCCAGCAGUCCAUGUGCUUGUUGUUUAGGCCACAAACAGUGAAAAGGGGAAGUUUUAGUCUCAAGUACAUAUGUCGUUGACGGUUGGCAGAGUAAACGCUAGUAAAGCAGUUACACUGGUGCACAGGUAUGAAGGAGUGGCUCAGUGCUGAAUGGUUGCCAGAUCCACCUGUCUCUACCUCCCAGCCCCACCUGUUGGAAUGAGGGAAGAGGGGGGUUGGAAAUGGAAAGAUAGGUGUGCUGCCUCAAACCUGCACAAGGUACAUAUUAAUGAGACACUUGGUGAAACAGACACACAUUGGAUUAAGACCACAUUUUUCACUCUGGUUUAUUUUAGAAGUAUAUAAGGGAUUGCUUGAGGAAGACACAAAGAGGGCAGCGUGGCACCAGUGACUUUUCUGCUGUCCUGUUCUGUUUGGUGGCCAAUCCAAACUACUGGAUGAUUGCAGUGUUGAACUGGAUCAGCAGCACCUGAGAUGUUUCGGAAAAAAGCAUCUUCCUCCUUGAGAAUGAGAAGAAUGCUAGAUGAGAAAGAGAGUAUUGAUCGUGGGCGUAGCUUGUCCUUCCAUGAGGUGCGUGGACAGCGUCAGGCAGAGAUGAGGGCCGCGAACGAGGAAUCGUCAAACAACAGUGUAGGAGGUUGUGGCAGCACCGUUCUGCAGCGCCUCCUGCAGGAGCAGAUGAACCGGAAUUACGUGCUGCAACAGCUCAAACAACAACACGGAGGAGCAGGGGCUGGGGUUGGAGGAGGAGGUUACUCAGGGCAGGGACAGAUAGGCCCCUCUGAUGAGCACUCCAUGACCCCGCACAUUGCCCGUCAGGAGCCCCAGGGGCAGGAGCUGCAGACGGACAACUGCCUGGAGAAACUGGGCUCAACCCAAGUAGGAGAGGGCGGGAGCAAUGGAGGGGGAGGAGGUUUAGUGACUGGAAGUAGAGGAGCAGGAGGUGGCAGCAGUGGAGGUGGUGGGAGCGCACAAGGUCAGUGCCCAAACCUCGAGGACCUCCCUACGUAUGAAGAAGCCAAAGUGCAGUCACAAUACUUCCGUGGGCAUGGUCUUCCUCCUCAGCCUCAGCAGCAUAACAAUCAGUCCCAGCAGCCUCCCCUCCCCGCUUCAGUAGGCACCGCCUUCUACGUCACCGGGCUGACUAGUGCCAAGGUGCGCACUGAAGGUCGCCCCAUGGUGCAGCGAGUGAGUGGAAUAGGGAGGGUGCACCAGGAUGAUGGGCUGAAGGAUCUGAAGCAAGGACAUGUUCGGUCUCUCAGUGAAAGACUUAUGCAGCUGUCUCUGGCCACUAGCGGCGUAAAGGCCCACGCUCCUGUCAACAGCGCCCCACUCUCCCCCCAGCUGCCAAGGCCAGGGCCGCCAGGUGACUACUACAAGCCGCAGCACCGCGGUCCGCCUCCAGACUACCCCAUCAAAGAAAUAGGCUCUCCCACCAAGCAGCAGGAGUCUGGAAGACAUUUUUACCAGGAGCAGCAAGGGAGGGAGCACUUGAGGGAAGUGCCUCACGUCAGAUACCAGCCCCCGCCUGAGUAUGGCUCAUUUAGGUCCAGUAAGGAGGGUUCUGUUUACAUCCAGAGGCCCCUUCAUCAGCACAGUCCUACCUCCUCUGUCACCUCUGUGGGAUCCUUGUCCCGCACCCAGUCCUCCACCCUAAACAACAUGCUCAGUGCCACCCACUCCUCCCAUGCCUCCUUCCCUCACCAGUACCCGCAGAGCCAGGGAGAGCCCUUCCCUAGCAUGGGACUCCAUAGUUUGCAGAGUCCAAGCUCCCACCAAGCAGGCGAGCCCUUCACACUGGGGCCCAUUCACUCGACACAUCCAAGAACUAUCGGUUUACCUCACGACCCUUACGGCUCCACCCCGAGGAUGCACCAUCAGUAUCAACACCAACAACAACAACAACAACAACAACAACAGCAGCAGCAGUUCCAAGGACCUCCACCUCCCCAGCCCCAGACACCAGUCCAGGCUGGACAUUUCUCUCACCCUUACUCCUUCUACCACCUGCAAAGGGAGCCUGUCAGCAUGAUGGUGCGUGCCCAUCAGAUGAUAGAUGUGCUAAAGGAGGAGAACAGGAUGCUGAGGCAGGAGAUGGAGGCCUGCCGCGAGAAAGUCACUAAGUUGCACAAGUUGGAAACAGAGAUCCAGCUGGUAUCGGAGGCAUAUGAAAACCUUGCCAAGUCUUCCUCCAAGAGGGAAGCCCUGGAGAAAACCAUGAGGAAUAAACUGGAGUUGGAGGUGCGCCGGCUGCACGACUUCAACAGGGACCUCCGAGAGCGCAUGGAGACAGCCAAUAAACAGCUCACUGCUAAAGAGUGUGACUGCUCAGAGGACAACCGCAAAACUAUCUCCCAGCUGCUUGUACAGAAUAAAGAGACGAUCCGUGAGAGGGAGAAGCUGGAGAUGGAGUUGAAUGCGCUGCGUUCAACCACAGAGGACCAGAGAAGACACAUCGAGAUCAGAGACCAGGCACUCAACAACGCCCAGGCCAAAGUGGUCACGCUUGAGGAGGAGCUCAAGAAAAAGCAGGUAUAUGUGGAAAAGGUGGAGAGGAUGCAGCAAGCUCUGGCUCAGCUCCAGGCAGCAUGUCAGAAGAGAGAACAACUUGAGCACCGCCUCCGUAUUAGACUGGAGAGAGAGCUUGAGUCACUACGUAUGCAGCAGCGUCAGGGAGGCACUCAAAGCAGUGGUGCAGUGCCAUCUGAGUACAAUGCCACAGCGCUGAUGGAGCACUUGAGGGAGAAGGAGGAGCAGAUCCUGGCUCUGGAGGCUGACAUGACCAAAUGGGAGCAGAAGUACUUGGAGGAGAGCGUUAUGAGGCAAUUUGCCCUGGACGCCGCCGCCUCUGUCGCCACUGAGAGGGAUACAUCUAUUCCAGUGAUGAGCCAUUCUCCAAGCAGCAGCUAUGACACGUCGGUGGAGGCUCGAAUCCAGAAGGAAGAAGAGGAGAUUCUCAUGGCCAAUCGGCGCUGUCUGGACAUGGAAAGCAGGAUAAAGAAUCUCCAUGCACAGAUUAUAGAGAAAGACGCUAUGAUCAAGGUGCUUCACCAGCGCUCCAGGAAGGAGCCCAUCAAGGCAGAUGCGCAAUCUGCCAUGAGGCCCACCAAGUCCCUGAUGUCCAUUUCCAACACUGGCUCUGGUGGUUCAGGAGUGCUCUCUCACAGCCUGGGCCUCAGUAGCUCCCCCAUUACCGAAGAACGCAAGGACACCAGCUGGAAGGGCAGCCUGGGUGGUCUGCUGGGUUACGAGUUUCGUACAGAGUCUCUCAGGACAGGGUCAAUCUCAUCAUCUCCCUCACCAGUGCUUCCUUCCACCCCCAUGACCGCAGGUCACUCAAAGACAGGCAGCAGGGACAGCUGCACGCAGACCGAGAAGGGACAGAGUCAGGACACCGGCAAGCCCAGCACUCCAGGCCUGCAGAGCAUGACGCCUCCUUCUCGCCUGUUCAGCCCCAGCCCAGUCUACAUCCCGGACCGCAUAGCAGAUGUGCCAGUGUUUCAAAGCAGUACCCUGGAGCGAAGGUUUCCCCUCCUGUCCCAUCCACAUCAACAAGCCCCUACUACAACCCCGUCCACCCAACAGGAAGUAGAAAAAGACAUGUUGGAGAUCCUCAUCUGACCCCAUGACCUCUGGAAAAAAGUGAUUGGAGGGCAGCUCAUUUGACGAACAGACAUUUAAAUCCUAACUGCUUAUCAUCCAAACCUGCAACAGAAAAGUUUGGUGGGUUAAGGAGUCACGGUUUGACUGAUUCACACAAGGAGACAUUUUCAUAUGCUUAUGUUUACAUGUGCAUUCAAUCAAACACAUCUAAACUACCUUUUGACCUGGGAAGGGGGGCUUUCGCCACAGCAACGUCAAUGGCGUUUCAGCACAUUUGGGCAUAUGCAAUUUGCAUAUUACAUGCAAGCAAAUGAUUAAUGAUAGGAAAGAAACUGGCCUUGCUACAAGAGUUCAGCUGUAAGAGAAAGCUGCAUGUAGCUUGGACACAUGCUAGAGAUAUCUAAACGCUCCAAAAGUGUUGGUGGACGCUGGUUGGACCAAAGAUAUCAACUAGCAUUUUGUUGCAUAUAUUGCACUACUUAUUUUUCUUUUUUUCUAUAUUACUUUAAGUUGUCUGACACUAGCUAUUGUAUUUAUGUGCAAUGUUUUUUUCAAACUGUUGUUAGACAUGGCACUAGUGUAAUGAGAAAUGGUGUAAACUGUAAAACCUUCUUCACUAUUUACAUUUGGUAUGUACUGUAAUGGCCUGUGUGCCAUGGAGGGAUCUGAAAGCUGAGCCUUUUGAGCUGUUACAUUUCAUGAGCGAUUGAAUUAAUGAGUUGCCUUUCUGAUAGCAGACUUGUUUUGCUCAAUGGUUGGACUCAGUAGCUCUGUAUUCCACUGGUACAAUCAUCACAUGGCUACUAGUACCUGAAUUUUCAACAGCUAGUGUUUGCGACCCCUGUGACAUGUUGACUUCAGGCUGAAAAAGCUCCCGAGUUCAAAUGUGAAACUUGGGCCCUGUACUACAAAGCAGGUUCAACAUACCCAGGGUAUAUUUUGGUUACCUGCUGAACUGAUUCUAACAACCACUAACCCGCUUAACAGGUCCUACGAAGAAGUUAAAUACAUAAUUCAGGCUGAAACUAACACGGUAUCAACUGCCAAAAGCAGGAAGGACAGCUUGCAAUAAAUUGCCUACUGUAUGAUAUUGUACAUGAACAAGUUUAUAAUAUCACAUCACUGCCCCAUUUAGGGCAUUAGUAGAUCUGACUGUGUAUUUUGUUAAAAGAAUGUAUUGCAUAGAUGUAUUCUUGGCUGAAGUAGUUAUCUUUGUCGAGAUGGGCAGUGAAUGUUAUAGGCUCGUUAAUUUACACAUUCAGUAUGCUAUCUCUUGCCAGCUGCCCUUUUUGCAUUUGUAAAUGUAAUCUGUAUUACUUUUAGUCUGGAUUAUGAUUUUAACUUCUUUGUAUUUGUGUAAUAUUGCCGAAGCUUUGAUUGGACAGUAUAGGCGGUGCUUUUAUACAUAACCUGCUCUGGAGCAAGUUAAGUGUUUAGUGUAAAUUACAAAGGUAAUCUACCCACAGUAAGAAGGGAACCUCUGUCAUAGGACUGAAAACACAGGGUUAACUCCAAAAUGACCUUGCUAACCCCAAAUCCUGCUUUGUAGUACAGGCCACUGAUGAGCUUUUCCUUUUUUGUUUUCCAACUGACUGCACACCGUAUUGUGAGGUGAAAA